UUUGUGGCGGUUGUUUCCGAUUUCUGUUUAUUUUAGUUUUUUCAUGGAUUUUUAUCUCAUUAGGUUACUAAUGAGUUAACUUAUGUUAGACAAAUAAAAUUGGACUAUAUUAAAAGGACCUUUAGGUACCAAUCCUCUGACGGGGUCCAAUAUGUUAAAGUUUGUACCUAUACUUACUUAGAUAAAAAAAUGAACAGAUGUAUUGCCUUGACCUGUUGCAACUUCGCCGAGCAUCCUUUUCCGAGGGAUGUAGAGAUGCGAAGAAAAUGGCUUAGAGCAACGAGAGCAGGAGAUUGUUGCGAAUUGCGGCAAAUUGCUUGGCAUAACAGAAAAUAUAGCGGCCUUUGUAGUGAGCAUUUUACCCUCAAUGACUAUGUUAUAAAAGGGAAAUCACGCUCAUUACUAAAGACAGCUGUGCCAUCAAUUUUCCCAUGGAAACCAAAGCCGGUUUUUAAUUUGCCAAUUACGCCACAGCUACCUGCUCUAAGAGAAUCUCCUUGUCUGGCUACUAAAACAUAUUCAAGUACUAUCCAUGUACGCUGCAAUAUUACUCCAGAACCCACACAUGACAAGAAUGAGGCUCCUACAAAAGGCACUAGGACACUCUCUCCUUCCGCCUGCCUGCUGUCUCAUCGCAAUGAUGAUGAGUUAAUGUGCUAUAGCUGUGAAGAAAAUUCUGUUAAUGAAAUGGAGGAUGAUUCUGUGGCACUAACACUGUUGGUGCCGCCUGCCGGCCGGCUCGCGUCGCGGGAGCGUGGCGGUGACGUCACAGCAGCGGCCCGCCGCCGCCGCCCGCCGCCGUCGCAGCUCGUCGGCCCCAGAGAUAAAUUUGAUUUUGCAUGGAGGCCAUUCCCGGAUUCUCAAAUUGAUCCAGAUUUGAGGAGGGAAUCCUUCGCUCAAAGGGAAUCAAUAAUACCAUUCCUUAAUGCUGUACCAUAUCGUGCAUUCACUGGCAUAUGGGACUAUCAUCUUAUGCAGCACAUAGCAAAGGCGACAAACGAGUAUGCCGCGCAGCUGGCGGCGGAGGCGGCGGCGGCGGGGGCGGGGACCGGCGCGCGAGGGCCCGCCCCCGCCCGCACCGCCUGGUGGCAGGACACCACCACGGAUGAACUCUACACGUACUUCGCUAUCAUUAUCGCGAUGGGAACAGUAGUGGAGACGAACAUAAAGGAGUACUGGAAUAAGUGUGAAUCCUUGUUGCAUACGCCGGGCUUCCCGACGACCAUGCCGCACGACCGCUUCGUACUGUUGAGCAAGUGCAUCCGAUAUGCGAGCGACAUUUAUGACACCCAAGAAAUGUCACCAUCCCAAGCCAAAAUUGCUAAGAUUCAGCCUGUUAUUGAUCAUUUCAAUUGGAAAUACGAGGAAAGAUCCAAAUUAUCCCGAAACAUUGUUAUACACGAGGGCCAAUCAGAGUCUGAUUUAAUUUUGCUUGAUAACCAAUUCUUUGACGACGAGACAUCGCCAGUCAUCAAGACACACGAAGUGUGUGACUCUCUGACGGGAUACUUGUGGCGUUUUGAAAUCCAAGGACUUUAUGAGGAUCAUAUUGAGCAGCCGCAUGCUCCAGUUUCAGGGAGCAUGCCGUCCCUUGUGUUUAGAUUACUAGACGGUGUGGGGCUCGGCCACACGGUGUGGCUAGAGGAUGCGUCGCCGGCGCUGGCGCGGGAGCUGAAGUCGCGGGGGCUGGACUGCGCGGGCCCGCUGCGGGGGCCGCGGGGGGCGGGGGGCGGGGCGCGGGGCUGCACCGCGGGGGACGUGGACCUCGUGGUGUGCAGCUCUGACGUCAUGAUCUCGACGUACCACGGGGCGGCGGGCGGGCCCCGCGUGGCGGCGGACUACGAGCGGCACCGCCGCGCCCGCCAGCCCGCGCCGCGCCCCGACGAGCGCAGGACCAACGUGUGGUACAGGAAACUACUCAGAAAGCUACUGAAUGACAGUGUCUCAAAUCUCUACGUCCUAUACAAAGCAGAAACCGGAAAGUCCUGUCGAGCUUUCAAAAGGCGUUUGGUCGGAGACUUGUUGGCCAAGCACUCGCGCGCACAAACACCGCUGCCCUACACCGUGCAACAUUUUCCAGCAAGAAUCUCUCGAAUUUCUGGGCUCAGACGUCUGUGCAUAGUUUGCAAACAACCAACAGAGUGGCUUUGCAAAAACUGCCAACUUUUGAUGUGCGUAGAGGACUGUUUUGAGGAAUACCACGCUGAAGAAAUUAAACAGCCGGACCGGCGAUUUUGGCACUAGUGUGGUGUGCGGUAUCAAACUGACUAGUAGGUGAUCCCACCUUGUUCAUCAUCUUGGGAUAGGCUUAUGUUACAAUCAUGUCAAAUUAUUCUGAAUGUUUUAUAUCCAAUCGGAGAAGCUUAGGCAUUGUUCGGACACGCAAUCACGAAACGCGGAUCGUGAUGGCGGACAGUGUGUGCGAGUCUUAACGCCUUUAGUCCAUCUACAGAAUGUUGCAAAAAGGGUAUACUAAGCCAAAACCUACAUUUGCAG